UUAGCGACUGUUACGCAGAAGAAACACAUGAUCGGAUUAAUAUCAGGCUCUCCCUCACCUGGAAGGACGCUGAGAUAGAUCAUCAUCACCAGGCGCGGACCUCGUGUGGACUUCAGGCUGUAGGAGGAGAUGAGGCUGCCGGACUGCAGGAAGGAUGGAGGAGAGGACGGGGAGAAGGAGCUGGCUCUCCCUUUCAGAAACCCGUUCGUGCACGAGCUGAGGUUCACACUGCUCCAGAAGCUCCAGCUGGGCGUGAUGACGUUGACCCUGUUCCCCGUGCGCCUCUUCUUCGCUGCGUUCAUGAUGCUGUUGGCGUGGCCCUUCGCCUUCAUCGCCACCGUAGGACGCAGCGAGACCUGCGUGGAGCAUCAGUGCUUCUGGAGAAGGGUGGUGGACGUCGUCCUGCGCUUUCUCAUGCGGGCCAUGUGGUUCGCAGGCGGCUUCCACUGGAUCAGGGUCAAAGGUCAUCGCGCUUUGCCCGCCCAGGCGCCCAUCCUCACCCUCGCCCCACACUCGUCCUACUUCGACGCCAUGCCUGUUACCAUGACGAUGGCCUCCAUAGUCAUGAAGGCAGAGAGCAAGGACAUACCCCUGUGGGGAACUCUGACUCAGUACAUCCGGCCCGUGUUCGUGUCGAGAUCGGAUCAGGACUCGCGCCGGAAAACUGUAGAGGAGAUCAAACGCAGGGCUCAUUCUAAAGGGGCGUGGCCUCAGAUAAUGAUCUUUCCUGAGGGCACAUGCACCAACAGGUCCUGCCUGAUCACAUUUAAACCAGGUGCUUUUAUCCCAGCAGUGCCUGUACAGCCAGUUGUUAUUCGCUAUCCCAAUCAGCUGGAUACAAUCACUUGGACAUGGCAAGGUCCCGGAGCGUUUAAGAUCCUGUGGCUCACCCUGUGCCAGCUUCAUAAUGAUUUUGAGAUUGAGUUCCUCCCCAUAUACACCCCCAGCACGGAGGAGACGAGGAACCCUCAGCUCUUUGCUCAGAAUGUGCGCCGCAUUAUGGCCAAGGCGCUGCAGGUCCCUGUGACUGAUUACUCAUUUGAGGAUUGUCAGUUGGCCAUGGCGGAGGGACAGCUUAGACUGCCAGUGGACACGAGUCUGCUAGAGUUCGCCCGACUUGUCCGCAGACUGGGGCUGAAGCGGGAGAAGAGUGAGAUUGAGCAUUACAGUAGGAGAGCGUGGGAGCUGCAGGGAAUAAAGCAGAACGCUGAGCAGUUCGCUCGCUUCCUGGAGCAGCCGCUGUCCAAUGUGCUGCGCGACAUGUUCGCCCUGUUCGACGAGCACGACGAGGGUUUGAUGGACGUGCGCGAGUUUGUCAUCGCCUUCUCCGUAGUGUGCAGACCCGCCAAAACGCUGGAGACCAUCGAGCUCGCCUUCAUGAUGUACGAGGAGGAGGAGGAGGAAGGAGUAACAGAGGAAGAGCUGGAGUGUAUCCUGCACACGGCCCUGGGAGUGACGGAGCUCAAAGUGUCUCGACUCUUCCGCGCCAUCGAUGUGGCAAACAGCGGAAGAGUGACGUUUGAGAUGUUCAGGAGUUUUGCAGAGCAACAGCCCGAUUUCGCAGAGGAGUUCCUGUACGCGGAGAACACGGGCUUCUUCAGCAACUUCCUGUCGUUUGGCGUCGUCUCCAACGGCUUCUGCGCCGACUUCUCCCCCAGCGAGCGUCAGAAGAAGGUCAAUUGAAGAACGUCGGGUCCUGGAUGAAGAGUCGAAAAUGAGCCAGUGCGUGAAAACAAAGUUUACUCAUGACGCUCAUAUUCUUUUAUUACUAAUUUUUCCAUGUUUCUUUCCUAUGUUUCUCCUCUUUUUUGCAUAUCCAACAACCAAUGAAAAGGAGGAGGCAGGAUUUCUUUCCAUAAGAUCUAAAUUAUGUUUGAAUUCCAGAAAACUGAGAUUUGUGACACAUUCAGGUUUUAGACAGUAGCUAGCUUAAGUCAUGUUGCCUAAUUUUUUUUUCUAUUAAAGAUGUUUUUGAUGUUAGUCAUCAAUCACAGUUAUGUAUCAUUGUCAUAUAUGUAAUUUUUUUUUUUUCAAGAACUUGUGUAGCUAGCAUUUCAAGCACCGAAUCAAAAUCUUUUUGCAGUGAGAAGAGCUUGUUUUUUUUUAUUAAUCUUCACUCUUCACUCUUCCAUGAGCAUCUCGUUUCUCUUUUUCACAUUUCUGAGAGCCGAUCGAUGCUGGUUUCCGCAUCACAAUUUACUUGAAAUCUGAGCACUUGUUUAGUUUUCAUGUUUGAAAUGCUGGAACUGAAAAUAGAACAAAGUCCAAAUCAGACUUUAUAUAUUAAAAAACAAACUGUAGA